AACUAAAGUGUUGCAUGCCACACAGGGUAAGUGACCAAAUUUCAUGUCUUUCUAGGCAAUAAUGGACAAAACUGGUAAAGAAAAUCUGAAUAGGCACCCAUGUCAUAAUGUUAAGGCAGCUGUUUCAGAUGGUCCCAAACGAGGUUCUGCCACUCAGAAGCGGACACCUGGAUGUGGCGUUCAACCGCAGCGUGUUCUAAUUGCUUCAAAUGUUCCUCAGCGAGUGCCUAUUCAGUCCCAGGCACAGAAACCUGUUACCAAUCCAAAACGUCCCCAACAUCAGCAGCGACCAACAUCUCUUGUUCAGCCAACAUCUAGGAGUCAAGGUCCAAUUAAAUCCACUGAAUCCUCUCGGCAGCCGUCUGUGUCUGAAAAAAAACCUGGAGCAGAAGGUGUAUCAAACCAGGCUGAGAUAAAAGGAGCGUCGGAUUCAAAGAAGGAGAAUAAAAGCGAAUCAGAUUCAAAAAGUGAGACCAAAAAAAAACAGUGGUCUAUUGAUGACUUUGAAAUUGGUCGACCUUUGGGAAAAGGAAAAUUUGGAAGUGUGUACCUCGCUCGUGAAAAAGAGAGCAAAUUUAUCUUGGCUCUGAAGGUCUUGUUUAAAACACAGUUGGAAAAAGCAGGCGUGGAACAUCAGCUGCGUCGAGAAGUAGAAAUACAGUCUCAUCUUCGGCAUCCCAAUAUUCUCCGUUUAUAUGGCUACUUCCAUGAUCCUACAAGAGUCUACCUAAUCCUAGAGCAUGCACCACGUGGAGAAGUGUACAAAGAGCUCCAAAAGCUUAGCAAAUUUGAUGAGCAGCGAACUGCUACGUAUAUGACGGAACUGGCAGAUGCUUUAUCAUAUUGUCACUCAAAAAGAGUAAUUCAUAGAGACAUAAAGCCUGAAAACUUGUUGCUGGGAUCAAAUGGAGAGCUAAAGAUUGCUGACUUUGGGUGGUCUGUGCAUGCUCCAUCGUCUAGGAGGUCAACUUUAUGUGGUACCCUUGAUUACUUGCCACCUGAAAUGAUUGAAGGAAGAACACAUGAUGAAAAGGUGGACCUGUGGAGCCUUGGUGUCUUGUGUUAUGAAUUUCUAGUGGGCAAGCCUCCUUUUGAAGCAGAAACUUACCAGGAAACGUAUAGAGCCAUUUCAAAGGUAGAGUACAAAUUUCCUCCUUUUGUAACAGAGGGAGCUCGGGAUCUGAUUUCAAAGCUCCUGAAGCAUAAUGCAUACCACAGGCUGCCACUGGAAGAUGUGCUCAAACAUCCGUGGGUUACAGCAAAUUCUACAAAAUCUCCUAAGCACAGAAUGGCUGAAGCUGCUGCAACCACUACUGCCGCCAAAAUUCAAUCAUAGCAUGAUGAACACUGUAGCAUUGCAGUU